AUAAUUCAAAAUGGAAAUUUCAAAAUGCAUUCUUUCGAGUAUAUGUAUAUGCAUUGUGCUUAUAUCAAACAUAAUGAUGGAGUCGUGUUCAAAGAGGGGACCGCGAAAUAGAACGCCAACAAAUUUUACUGUGUACAAAAGAACUCUAACUUUAAUCGCCGAUGGCGUACGAGUUUCACGCAAGAAAGCUCCAUGGCCAGACACGUGGCAGAACUUUUGGAAUGACGCUGGAUCGUCAACAGUAAAAUUUGGAAGAAAAUUCAUCAAGUGGGCUGAUGAAGAGUAUGGCAUCAAUGCUACUGCUCUCACAGAUGAACAGCUAACAAAUGGAGAGGAAGUGGACUUGGGGGGAUUCUUCUAUACACCUCAUAUGCCUGAUAUAACGUAUAGAGUUAUUUCGGAAACAACUAAGACGAAAAUGACGUAUUAUAGGAAUACACAAGUUAGAGAUGCAGCGUUCGUCUUAAUCGCUAAGAAGUCAUUUAAUAGUUCAGGCAAUCUUAGAGAGACCAUUCAAAAACACUGUGCAAAAUGUGCGAUAUCUCCUGUUUUAUUUCAAGAGAUUUGCAUAAAUAGUUUGCAAAUCUCCUUAGAAUCCCCUAAAAUAUAG